AUAAAUGUUAAUACUAUAACAGUUGAAGCAGAAGCCAUACUUCAUUCAUUCUUACAGUAGCAAAAGCUUCAUUAAAGAAUCCCAGCUUCUACGCGAGUUCGCAGAAAACCAAUCUCUGCUCUCUGAUGGCUUCCCUUUCCUCUCCUUCUUCCUUCCGUCCACUAAAGCACCAAGUUUUUUUGAGUUUCAGAGGCGAAGACACUCGCAAUAACUUCCUCGCUUACCUACAUCAAGCUUUGCAACUGAAAGGAAUUGGAACUUAUAUUGAUUCCGAAGAAUUGCCAAGGGGAGAGGAAAUUUCUUCAGCGCUGUUGAACGCAAUCCAAGAGUCCACGAUUUCAGCGAUUGUUUUUUCUAAAAACUAUGCUUCUUCAUCAUGGUGCUUGGAAGAACUCUCCAAGAUAAUGGAAUUCAAGGAUACAAGGGACUGCUCGUGGUGCCCGUUUUCUACCAUGUUGACCCAUCAGACGUACGGAACCAGACUGGGAGUUUUCAACAGGCUUUUGCUGAACAUGAAAAGAAUAGGAUAGACAAGGUCCAGAAGUGGAGGCAUGCUUUGACUCAAGCUGGUAACUUAAGCGGCUUUCAUAUGAAAAAAGAUGAGCAUGAGCCCACAAUCAUUGAGGAAAUUGCUCAAGAUGUUCUAAAGAAGUUGAAUCGCAUGUCUGCAAGUGACUGUGAGGUACUGAUUGGAAUAGGUCCUCAAAUGGAGCAAAUUAGAUCCUUGUUAUGCGUUGGUGAUAGGGAAAGCAUUCGUGUCAUAGGAAUUUGGGGGAUGGGUGGUAUAGGCAAAACAACUCUUGCUCAAGCUAUUUAUGAUGAGGCCUUUUCCCAGUUUGAAAGUUACUACUUCCUGGCAAAUGUUUAGGGAAGAGUCAGAGAAACUUGGUGCAGUCACUUCUCUACGGGUUCAACUUCUUUCCAAUAUUUUAGAAGAGAAAAACCUCCAUAUAAGUACUCCCAGAAUAGAAUCCACAUUCAUCAAGGACAGACUCCGCCACAAAAGGGUUCUUGUUGUCCUUGAUGAUGUUAGUGAGGUUGAACAGCUAGAAAGUUUAGCUGUUAAUCAUGAUCACUUUGGUCCAGGAAGUAGAAUUAUUGUAACAUCUAGGGAUAAACAAGUCCUCAGGAAUGGAGUUGUUGAUGCAUUAUAUGAGGUUCAUGAAUUAAAUGACGAUAACUCUCUUCAGCUUUUCUCUCUGUAUGCCUUCAAGCAAAACCAUCCAGUCGAUGAUUUCAAGGAUCUAUCAAACAGAGUACUGCAAUAUGCCAGAGGUGUUCCAUUAGCUCUCAAAGUAUUGGGUUCAUCACUGUAUCAACGGAGCAGAGAACACUGAGAAAGUGAAAUGAAGAAAUUAAAGGAACAUCCCCACCAAGAAAUUCAAAAACUUUUGAAGAUAAGUUAUGAUGGAUUGGGUGAAGCGGAAGACUUUAGCUCAGAGGAUGAAGAACCCGAGGAUAGAUGAGUCAUGAGUGGAACCUUAUUAAUUUCUUUUGAUUCAAGUGUCUGCUUUCCAGGAGAGGCGUAUUCUCAACGAUGUCUUACUUUAUUUGAUCCAUUAAAAAAAGUUUCCCCUUUGCCCUCC